AGCAACGAUGUCUGACCCCGAUGAUUGCUUGGACUUCGUAAUGUAACAAAAAAUUUUUUGAAAUAUUUAUUUCUAGAUAUGGGUGGCCUACUUUGCAUAUUACCAUGUCUUUUCUUUGUAGUUGCUGCUGAUCCAUAUGAUGAUCCUAAUACACUACCUAACAAGCAAGUGAUAGUGCAACUGUUCGAAUGGAAAUGGAAAGACAUAGCUGCGGAGUGUGAGAACUUCUUAAGAUACUACGGCUAUGGCGCCGUUCAGAUUUCACCACCUAAUGAGCAUAUCACCUUGACUCAAAAUAAUGAUAUGCCGUGGUGGAUCAGAUAUCAGCCUGUUAGCUACAAACUCCAAUCACGUAGCGGAACCGAGGAAGAGUUUGUGGAUAUGGUCAAUAGGUGUAACAAUGUCGGUGUGAGAAUUAUCGCUGAUGCCGUCAUCAACCACAUGACAGGGGCAGACCAGAAGAAGGGAGUAAAUGGUCGAGACAGCAGCGCUGGCUCAGAUUUUGACGCAACACAAGGAAGCUUCCCUGGAGUUCCAUACUCGUCGUCAGAUUUUCACGAAUGUGCUAAUGACAUAACACCUGAAGACCUCAAAAGCAAUUGCCAAAACGUGAGAAAUUGUCGACUCUAUGGACUGCUCGAUUUGGAUCAAACUAAAUCGAACGUUCAACAAAAAAUUAUAGAAUAUUUCAACCACUUAAUCGAUAUCGGUGUAGCCGGAUUUAGCGUAGAUGCGGCAGCAUAUAUGAAGCCGCAGGAUGUACAAGCUAUCCAAGACGGAGUAAAAGACUUGAGAGAAGAUAUUUUUGGUACAAACAAGCGCCCAUUUUUCGCGCACGAAGUCGACGUUAUGGGAAAUAUAUCGAUCCAAUGUAGCGAAUACACCGAGAUUGGAAGGUGCGUAAAUUUCCCCUAUAGUUUGACCGUAUCAAGAGCAGCAAGGGGAUAUUACGCUUGGAACUACUUGCAAAAGCUUGGACCUGGUUAUUUCGAAGGGUACCAUCACUCUGCAAGCAACGAUGCAUUAGUCUUCAUUGACAAUCCUGCCACUCAGAGGGGAAAUUGGGAAAUUAUGACAUACAAAAACAAUACAGACAACAUAUUCCAACGAUACAACUUUGCAGUCGCGUUCAUGUUGGCAUGGCCCUAUGGUAUUCCCAGAGUUAUGAGCAGCUACUAUUUCAACGACGCAGAUCAGGGACCGCCAAGCGCGGGUGCUGCGGGAAGUUUUGAGACUAAUUCACCAACUUUCAACCAAGAUCUUACCUGCGACGAAAGUUCCGGUUUUGUAUGUGAACAUCGCUGGCCGCUUAUCAGAGAAAUGACAAAAUUCCGAUCAGUGACGGAAGGUGCAGAAGUAACUGAGGUAGUCACACAAUUCCGGGCCCUCGCUUUUGCACGCAAAGGAAAAGGAUUCUUCGCCAUUACAGAAAGCUGGGUUCCAUUCACAAGAGUUUAUCAAACGACGCUGCCUGAAGGCCAGUACUGCGAUGUAUGGACUGGAUAUCUCAAAGAUGGCGCAUGUACGGGAAAAACAAUCACAAUCGGCAGUGACGGCACAGCAGAAAUACCUGUCUAUCCAGUGGUAGCCAUCUCGCUUGCCUCAAAGAUUGGAUAUGAACCGGGACCGGAUCCGCCAGUGCCUACACAUGCUCCAGGGCCACGAACAUCGCGCAAGCCAUUACCUACAAAGACACCUGAACCACAACCGCCGACGGAAUCUCCCAAACCACAGUCGACAACUCCCAAAAAGAAGCCAACAACACCCAAGCCACAGCCAACAACUCCCAAGCCGCAGCCAACAACACCCAAGCCAGUGCCAACCACACCUAAACCACAGCCAACAACUGCGAAGCCGAAGCCACCAACGACACCAAAACCACUGCCACCCACCGCUCCACCUGUCGGCUACAGCAAGACUGUGAUUUUACUCCAGAUGAAUACUAGAGUUGGCGAAUAUGUCUUUGUUCGCGGUGGAACCAGCCAUCUCAAUAUGGGAGUUUGCGCGCCCAGUCCUUAUCAGCAGGAAACGGACAAGUGCGCUAUUCCCAUCAAACACACCACAACAGUUCCCAGCAGCUUCCUCGAAUAUGUGUACUGGAGUCAAGGAGAUGACUACCUCGACUUUGCAGGGCCAGAAAGAAAUCAAGGAUUAUUCAACGGUCGUCAAUCAUCCGGUACUCCUCUGGCAUAUUCGAGCAACAAUCCGUCUGACAAAGAAUAUCAACCAUACAAUAAGUAUGGCAGAGGCUAUUGGAUUGCGGAGAUACUUAUGGACUGCUCAAAGACUGACAAUGGAUGGUUCGAAAUGAAGGGUUUCCUUUAUCCAUAUAACCGCUGGGAGAAUGAUAUCCAUCAAGGCAUUUGCACUGGUCCUGAGGCGAAAACUGCAGGCGCCUUCAUGAACUGUGAAGCUCUGAAACGUAUUUUGUAG